AUGGUCGCCAAAUUCAAACGCGAGUAUGUAAACUGCUGGGACAAGACCAAACUAGAGGAGAAACUCCAGGAGAGGCUCCAGGAACUCAACAGCGAGAAGGAAAAGAGCAAGUCGAGAGUAAAGCUACUCAGACACAAAAUCUUUAGACUUAAAAAGGCUCUGGACGGAGAAAUAUCAAUAGGCGGCCAAAUACUACCGCAGAAGCCAAAAAACGUGAAACCGAAAAAGGUAAAGGAAACCAAAAAACGAACAAAACUCAUCUGCUUUAAAUGUAGAAAGAGAGGACACCUCCUAGAGGAUUGCAGAGAGAAUAAAGAAGAAACAAUUUGCUUUCGAUGCGGAUCCAAGGAACACACUCUCAAGAAUUGCAAGGAAGAAGAAAAGGUGAGUUUACUGCUGCCGAGGGUGUAA